CUGCCAUUUAACAUGCGCAUGUGGAAUAAUGGAAGGCCUUUAGAUAUGAAAGAGUUUGACACUUCAAGUACUCUGUUUUUGUCAACUCCAUCAUCAACAUCAUUGUCACCAUCAAAAUCGUCAUCGCCAUCACCUUGGUUAUCGUCGUCGUCUUCGACAACUUUCAGCGGUAGUCUUGCGGAAAAGCAUACUGAAUUUUCGACUACGGCGAUUAUAACAUCAGACGCAAGUUCUCAUGACCUUGGUCGUCCUGGUAUAAUAGCACUCAUAGUGCUUUACGUUCUUCUUGCCAUUGCAGUGUCGUUAGGUGUUAUAGCCGCUUGCUGUUUUAGACGGAGGGUCUUUAAAGCUGAAGUACAAUCCAGGCUUUCAAGGGCUUCCUCCACUCAACGGUCAAGCAUCUCACGUUUAAACAGCGUCAUUUACGAUGAACAGGCGUCCAACUCUGGAAGGAAGAAUAGCACGACGCCAAAUAGUCAUUCGUCAAGGAGGAGCCAGGGCCAAGAGGGAGACAGGGUUUACUCGGUUACUGAAGAUGGUUUUCUGGCAGUUCCAAAGAACUAG